AUGGCCACGAAACAAGUAAACAUCACGGUCGAGGGCGACGACAUCACGAUGACCUGCCCCGUGCAGUACCAACAGUCGAUAAGGGUGACUGUGAAUAAUGAUGGAAGCAGGAAAGUGGAGGUGACACUAAAUGCCACCUUCACCGUGAACAUUCCCAUGGCCCCAGACAGAUCAUGUAGAGUAACGGAGACAACCGACACGUCACCGGCACCACCGCCAACACCAAGCGCGACGACAACGCCCGAUGCCCCGCAACACCCAUCGCAACCACAACCACAGCCGCAAUGCCCAUUGCCCAAUUGUAAUGGCAUAUUGGCCAAUUCCCCAGCACAGCCACGAUCGCAGCGACAGUGCCCGUCGCAGCCACCAGGGACCACCGCAAGACCAGUAGCAGUCGUAGAACCGCUGCCACCAAGGUACCAGCCACUCCGGCCCCACUACAUCCCGCAACGGCACGAAAGGAGCCCACCACGAGGACGAGGAAGAGGAUGGCGACGGACGGUAACGCAGCUGUAA